ACUCCAUUCAACCACAAGUCACUCUUCGACGGACCGGGAAAGGUCCCAGCCGGUUGCCCAAGUGCCCUUGUUUGUUCUGAACUGGAAGCGAGCGCGAACGUCUUUGGGAAGAGGUAGUCGCACGCGGUCUACAACCCCAAUUCAGACACCUGCUUCAGCAGUAGGUAUCUGCUCGGUGUUCUCCUUUUUUAAUUUGAUGCGCGCCUCGCGGUAGACAACAUGUGCAUCGUUCGCGUGUCCAGUGCAAAUAUUUAGGAGAUGGUGUCGAGCGAUAAAAAAUUGGUUUGCAGUGAAAGUUUUUCGUUCGACUUUUUAAACGUCGAUUCCGCAGAGUGAAAUAUCUGGAUUAGACCUAUUAGCAAGAAAGUUUUUCGCCUAGUUUUUGAUCGGGCAAGUGAUUACGGUUUAUUGUGCGAUUGCGAUAGAUUUUAGUAUGGAGGCACACCACAAAUCACAGUGUGAAGCGGAUUGCAUGCAUUGAGGUGUAGCGUGAUUGUGAAGGGGUGAAUCCAAGUGCAAGCCAAUCAAGAUUUUAAUUCGUUAGAUAAUGGAAAGUAAUCGAAGGUCGUGAUUAGUACAUAACAACAUUCAAAUUUAUUAGUGAAACGGUUGCUUACAAAAAUUCCAAUAGCGGUGUAAAUUCCUAUUGUCGGUGGGCUUAUCGGGAGGGAAGAUCCCAUAAGCAAAAAUUGCUGUAGAAAAAUGUCAAAGCUGAAACUUGUCGGCGGAAGGCCAAUCACCAUGGACGAGGCCAUAGAGCUGCGUCAAACAGUAUUCGGUUCAGCCGCCAGCCCUCCCCGAGGCGAGUGGACCCGCACCGGGAUCAACUUCGGUGCCGCAAAUGGAGUACGCCAUCCGGCAACACUUUUUGAAUAUCCGUACGGCUUACGAACCCCCCGCAAUGCCACCCGGGGUAUGCAAUCGGUGCUGCAGGCAUUCAUCAUCAAGCAUUUCAUAUUCGACGUCAAGCCUAGAGAUAAGUCUGUGCCUCUGGAAGAACUUCUGAAGCCCACUGAGGCCGAACAGGCACAAGCUCUAUAUCUAGCUAUUUCGGAUAUCCUAUGGAACAUUGGUGAAAAAACCAAAGCGAUUUUCACACUACCGGGUGAAGCAUCACACAUCCCGCACAGUCACGUGUAUUUCCAGGACAACGUCACGGAGAAGCUGUACUUCUUCGAGUUCACAACACUGGAUGAGCUACAGAUCUUUGCCAAGCGUUACCUGCCCUACUUCACCGAGAACCCGGGACCAGGUGCCCUACUGCUACUGUACAGCGCCGUUGUGACGCGUGGCAUGGAGAAUCUUAGGAACGAUUUAGACGCACCAAAGGGAGCACAUUUAAUGGGUCCGUAUGAAGAAGGAUCACUAAAUAUAGUCACUUUGUUGCUGACAGGCCGUGCCACGCCGUAUUUGCACAACGGUGUUGUAUACGUUGGCGACGAGGAUCACUACGCUCUGCCACAAUUCGGCAUUCUGGGCCGAGGGUCCAUCGGUUUACUGGUAUGGGAAGGCGAGAACGAAGCUAUGCGAUCGGCAUCGCGUCAGCCCGGCUCACGUCUGAAAACACCGGCCACUCCCGUCUGGGUUAGCUGCUGUUGCGGUCACUUCGGUGUGCUGUUCAAUUCGAACCGAGAACUGCUACGGAACUACCACGCCGAAAAGCGAUUCGAGCUCCACUACUACACUUUGGCAGGAUGCUAUUUAUCGAUGACGGUUGAUAAUCGUCAGCAGGAGGAAGGCGUCGACGACGGACAGGAAGACGGAGAACGGAAGCAGAACGACAUGGUAUCGACACCGUUGGAGCGUUUGAUCCACACCAAGUGGAUGGAGGCCAAGAUCACGUAUCAUGGACCUCUACCGGCAUCAUUGAACUUUUAAAUGUAUGAACGACCUGAAUGCUAUACGUAAUACACAUGUAGGUUAUUUUAUGCGGAAUGUUGAAUAUUAUCAGUCAAAUGUGGUCAAUUCUGUGAUAAACAGGAACGUAGUUAAUGUGAGUAAUUCAUGCAGUUUGCAUUAUGAUCCAAUAGAACUUCAAUGGAAAAUGCUUCUAGUAAUAUCAAUGAAAACCGCUGCACAUCCGGUACCACAUAAGGCACAUCUUAAACUGUUGAUCCUAUCCGUUAGCUUAUUUUUCUCAACGUUGUUAGGACAUGGACAUGGCAAAAAGAUGAAUAACUUAAGUCAGACAGCCUUGAUCACUUAAGAGUACAAAAUUUGUAGUGUAGUGUCAAUAAAGUUUGCUAGUGUUCUAAACGGAUUCUUGAACUUCUAAUGUCCGAUGAUCUUCGAUGGGGGAAGUCCUUUAUUUUGCCUUUUUAAUUUCUCAAAUUUUUAUUCUACACUAUCACACUCUAUAUGCCUAUAAUUAAGACAGAUAAAUUG